AUGUUUCUAAUCCGAUAUUUCUUACGGAAAACGAUAUAUCUGGUGCUUCUCUUCUUGGAAGAAAACCUGAGGAGUUAAAAUUUUCAGAGCUUAAAUUUUGGCUUAAAUGUCGUGGAGACGCGGGGAAAGGAUUGAAGACAAAGCAGAGCUGGUGAAGCGAGUGCAUAACUACAAAUGACUACAUACGAACAGGCAAAGCUAAACAGGUUGUGGAUCCAGAUUCUCACAAAAUAUACAGCCGUAGAAAGGAAAAGCAAGGCACGAGUUCUGAGCCUGACACUAACAGUAAUGAAUCAGUACAGUUUCCCAGCUCUGGAUGGGGAACUUCACUUGAAAAGAUGGCUCCAAAUGAAUCGCCAUAUUUUUAA